AUGUGUCGUAAACAGGAUGCUGCUCUACUUGGUGAGGAAGUUGGAUCUGAGGAAAUCUCACAAAUUCAGUACUACGAAGAAGCACCAGACAUUGAAGAGGCAGAAAACUACAGAAGCAGACGACAAAGCCGCAGUGUAUUUCCAGAGCGGGCCUUAGAUGAGAUUCAAGGGAAUGGCGGCGCUCUCAUAGAUAAAGCAGCUUAUGAUCCAGAUUCAGCCAUUUCUCAAUAUCUGGCAGGAAUGUUUGUCAAACGCAACGGUGUUGAGAGAUCUCCUUAUAUAAAUUACCGCUUGUCGGCAGGAUUUCGUGCCCAGGAAAUGGACUCCCACAAGCUAACACAUUCUCAGAAGAUCAAGCUAGGAUUGGAGAGCGAAUAUGGUGAAGAUAAAAAGAGAAGAAAGAAGCGAAACUUUGUUAUUCCGGAUCAAUCUCUGUGGCCAGGCGGGAUCGUUCCGUACACGCAGUCAUCCACUUUAGCUUCCGCGACAACUGCAGUAAUAAGCUCGGCUAUAGGUAUGAUGACUAACCUUACCUGUGUACGUUUCACUCCCUAUGGAUCUACCUUGGCAAACACUGUAGGUCACAGCAAUUACGUCAAUUUUCUCUCCGCUACCGGCUGCUGGUCCUACGUAGGAAUGAUAAACUGGGGGCGUCAAGAUCUAAGCUUACAGGAGACUGGCUGUGUUAAUAUUGGUACAGCUAUACAUGAAAUGUGUCAUGCUUUAGGUAUGUGGCACGAACAAAACAGAAAAGAUCGAGAUCCUUAUAUUGAGAUAUACUAUGAUAAUAUACAAAACGGACAGAACAACGUCAACUUUAAGAAGUACGAAACAAGAGAUAACAAUCCAUACGAUAUAUCCUCUGUACUGCAGUACUAUUUAGACUCUUUUGCUAUUGAUACCAGUAAACCGACUAUGCGUUCUAAAGAUCCCAAACUAGCAUUUCUUGCAGGAAAAGCAAACGGUUUGAUGUAUUAUGACGUGAAAGAUAUCACUGUUGCGUACAAAUGUACAGAUUCAUGUAGUAAUCCACCAACGUGUGAAAAUGGAGGGUUUCUGAAUCAAAAUUGUCAAUGUUAUUGUCCCUCUGGACUGAUAGGGUCUACGUGCAACACUGUACAAUCCAGCUCAGGUUGUGGGGGUAUAAUAACCUUGUCAUCAGGGGUGGAGCAGAGCAUUACUUCACCAAAUUACCCCAACAAUUACAACACAGGUGCUUCCUGCGUAUGGCUGAUCAAGGCCCCCGCUAAUGAACACGUGCAGUUGACAAUAGAUUUUAUGGACUUGGCCGACAACGGAUUGGAUGCUUGUUAUCAUUGGUUAGAAAUCCGAUACAAUCUACUUGGACAGAGUGGACCAGAAUUAUGUGGAAUACGUAAUGCAGAAAAGUAUUAUACAACACCUGAUGAGUUGAAGAACGAGAUGUUAAUCAAGUUCAACAGUGCAGUAUCUAGUGACAGGGCCGCUAGGAAAGGUUUCCAGCUAACAGUCAGGAGCGUGGGAGUGUGUAAGUAG